AUGAGUUCGAUUUGGAAUUAUUUUGAAAAAGUACCGGGUGUACUUGUGGCUGAGUGUUUACUGUGUAAAAAAGAAUAUUCCUACAAGACCAGUAUAACAAAUUUAAAAAAACACUUAAGCUCUAAGCAUUUGAGUGCAUGUCAAAACUUAUUAAAUGAUGGAGAAUUCACUGCAAAUGCGCCGCCGUCGCCAACAUCGGUGCAGGUUGAAAUAAUUGUACCGGCAGACCAGACAUCACCUGUCACUACCACAGACACACAAGAAAUAGAAUCCGGCUCAUUGCAACUGGAGCGUUCAAGUCGUCCUUUGAUAUCGCGACGCAAUCGUCGAAUAGACCAACAGCAGAAAAAGUUACUAGAUAAAAAGUUAGUACAAAUGAUUACAUUAGAUUAUCAACCUUUUUCUAUUGUCGAGGACACAGGCUUCAAAAAUUUUGUCAAAGCGUUGAAUCGCAAUUACGAGUUACCCGACAGGAAAUUAAUAUCUGGUACAUUAGUACCAAGUCUUUAUGUAGCCUGCAAAGCAGAAGUUGCAACUUUAAUGCAAAAUGUAAAGAGAGUCUGCAUUACUACAGACUCAUGGACUUCCCUAACCAUGGACUCGUAUCUAUCUGUCGUAGCUCACUUUAUGAUAGAUUAUGAGCUUAAAUCUGUUUUGCUUCAUUGCGAGCACUUUAGUGAUUCUCAUACAUCUGAGUCGUCAUUAGCUCGUGCUCUAGAAACUGUAGCACAGGAAUGGCAAAUUUCGGAUAAAAUAACACUAGCGGUUUCAGAUAACACUCAGAAUAUAAGUAAUGCCAUUAAAGAAGUUGGGUGGCCAUUUUUUGGUUGCUUUCUCGACAAGCUUAAUUUAGUAGUGGAAAAAGCUUUAGAUGUAAUAAAUUUUUUAGUGGAUAAAGUAAAAAGAAUUGUUGCCCAUUUCAAAAAAAGUCAUAAUGCAACAGAAUCAUUGAUCAAAUACCAAACAGAUUUUGAGAAAAAAUCAAUAGCACUUCAACUAAUACAGUCAGUACCAACGAGGUGGAACUCAGUGUUCUACAUGCUCCAAAGAUUUAUUCAACUUCAAGGAGCAUUACUGGCCGUCAUACCCAAUUUAGCAGCUGACCUGCCUGUCAUUUCUACAGAAAUGUGGGACACAAUGAGACAGGUAUGCUUGAUAUUGCAACCCUUUGAGGAGGCAACAAGACUAAUGAGUGACACAAGAUAUCUCACCGCAAGCCUUGCCAUUGUGAUUGUGGAUGGCCUAAAAAAUGUUAUACAGUUGGCGAAGAACAAGCCAGCUUUUAAUGUGACACAGUCAUUUUUAGAUAAGUUGGAGAGGGGGCUAAAUUCAUAUUUUCCAAGUCACGAAAUAGAAAAUAGCCUCAUGCUUGGAAUAUGCACUUUCUUAGACCCAAGAUUUAAGGUGCAUGCAUUUUUAGACCAGACAAGUGAGGUGUCAACACUAGAAAUGACUCACCGUACACAAAGGGUUGAUACAAUCAAGCAAGAAAUCUUAGACAAUUUAAUAAAUAAAAUAAAUAAAAAAAAGAUGAAUACAACGCAAGAAUUUGCCACAAUAACCCAAACUGUCUCUAAUCAGUCUACGUCUUCAGAUUUGGGUGAUUCUAUGACACCGCUUACUUUAUGGCGCAAAAUUAAUACAAAUAUAGCAGCAGUAACGCCUCCGGUGGAUAAUGUCAUCGAAAGAGCAAGGUGGGAGUUAGAAAUGUUUCUAAGUGAGGAAGUGGCGGCACGGGAUUCCUGUCCCUUGAAAUGGUGGCAAUCACAUGAAUGUGUCUAUCCAUAUUUGGCCGAAAUCUUUAAAGAAAUUAGUCACAUUGUUGUCAGCUCUGUGGAGUGUGGAAGAGUGUUCUCUAAGGCUGGAAAUGUUAUUGCAGCAAAACGAGCUCGCCUUAGUCGCAAACGAACAGCUGAGUUGGUGUUCUUAAAUUACAACUCAGAAUAUUGUAAAUAA